UCCACUAGGGUUCGAGCUUUCCAGAUCCCCCUAGCCCGGAAUGCUGGACCGCUGGCGAAAUAGUGCUUGCUCGCAUCAUUCACUCCACAUCUGCAUCGGCAGGCACGAGGUGGAUCGCUUGUGUGGCUGGACGCAUUGACGCAGAUCUGAGUCGCACCACUGCGGGGACCGGGAAGGAGUAUUACGCUUGGAGAUUGUGUCGAGCAUAUCGGCGACAAGGACGGAGCAAUGUCGAACAUCAACUGGCGAACGAUCAACAUCGAUGCGCUCGAUCCAGAGUCAGCGUACAACUUCGACCUCACGACCCUAACGCCAGCGGUACAACCAGUCUCGACAUCCGACGUACAAACACUGUCAGGACAGAUACGACAGCUUGUCCGAGGCGGCGAUGCGGAAGGCGCGUUGAGGGGGGCGUUGGAGAAUGCGCCCUACGGAGCGGAUGACCAAGGGAAGCAAAUACAUCUCUCGACCGUGACCGAGGUCUUGGGGCAGAUACGGCAGACCGAGAUGACGCCUCUCUUGCAACGGAUGUAUCAAUCAGAAGGUGGCAGCGAGCUGUGUGACACCCUGAUGAAGUACUUGUACAAGGGUAUGGCACAAGGAACAUCGCAUACAACAAACAACUCGGUACAUGGCCGGAGCAUGACACCGCAAGCUACUGGCUUCUCGCAGGCGGGAGGGCGGAGCUUUGGCGCGGCGGAAGGAGGGGGCCAGGCUAUGAGUGUGUUUCUAAGCUGGCAUGAAAAGCUUGUGGAGAUGGUGGGACCAGGCAGCAUUGUUCGAGUAAUGUCAGACCGCAGGACGGUGUGAAGCUGGAAUGGAGUGACAAGCCUUGACGUCCCACCCACUGACAUUCCGGCGCGAGUAGUCUCAAACACUCUUCAAUGACACUGUACAGCAGAGUCGAUGUCGGCAUCAGGCUGACAGACAGCAAGCAUGAAAGUCUGCAUCCUGUUACGGCUUAGCGCUGGUACAUGAUCUAUGGUCGACUGGACACCGAGCAGUCAUAGAGCAACUGCCGAGCACAGGCGAGAAGGUAGUUGAUCACAGCUUGGUGUACACAUUGAACAGCUGCAGAGCAUAGCCGGCGGACGGAGAUGCGACGGGAAAGGUACCAUGUAGCAUGAACCGGAAAGUCUAUGCACAUUACCGCUGAUGGUGACGUUGCUCAUAUUGCCUUGACUGAAACCGAA